AUGAAUAAUAAUAAUAAUAAUAAUAAUAAUUUAUUAAAUUAUAACCAAGUAACAAACUCUAUUCAUUGUCCGACUAGAACUUUUAAUCAAUUAAAUCAUGAUAACCACCCAUGGAAUAUGUCAUUGAAUUUGUUAUCUAGACACGAGGCAAUAAUACCACCAUCUAGUCAAUCCGCAUCAAUCUAUUCUUCACUGAAUGGUGGUGAUCCAACAUUAAAUUCAUUUGAAAAUGUCAAUGCAAAUGAUAUUCAGAAAACAAUUCAAGAAAAGAAUAAUUUAAAUGAAUUAUCAAUACAAAAAUCUCAUGAAUAUAUCAAUCAAUCUAAUAAUAAUAAUAAUCAACCAAUCGAUUUAACAAUAAGUCAUCAUCAUCAUCAUUAUGAGAAUCAAUUCAAUAUUGAACAUACAAUGUCGUCGUCGAUUCAUUCAGAAAUUGGACAUUGUACAAAAAAUGAACAAUAUCACAGUAGAAUAUGCCUUGAUAAUUCACAUCUCAAUAAUUCUGUCAUACUGCCAUGUUUAUUGUGUAAAACUAUACAACAUUCCCCUUAUCAAUUAUUAAAUCAUUUAGAAAGCAUUCAUAACAUCGAUGCUAAUCAAUUCACAAUUAACAAUAAUAAUAAUAAUAAUAAUAAUAAUAAUAAUAAUAAUAAUAAUAGUUAUAAUACAAAUUCUAAUCCUAUUCAAGAAACACAACUCAACAAUAAAUCACAACAACAACAACCACAACCACCGCCAAUUAAUCCAUUCAAACAAUCGAAUGCACAGAAUAAAUUAUUGAUCAUUGAUCAUUUAACCAAUAAUCUGUAUAAAUAUUCUAAACAGUUUACGAAUUAUUACAAUUUAUUCAAUUUUAUGUAUAAAAAUUUGCUUGAUUAUCAUCAUCAAACAAAGAUUGUCGAACAGAGCAGCCCCAUAGAUUGCAAUUAUUCAGCAUCGCCUAAAAGUAUAACAAAUCAGCUAAUUCAUCAUCACCAGGAAAAUGAUCAUUUUGUCCAACUUGAACAAUUGUCUAACAUGCAAUUGAAUGAAUUCAAUAAGUUGGAUGAGAAAAAUAGUCAACCAAGUAUAUUAGGCAAUCAUCAUCAGAAUCAUUCACUAUAUGAAAAUGUCACAUCCUAUUAUGAUUUAUCUUUAGAUAAAAAUUCAUUUUACAAUUUAACUAAUAACAAAAAAGAAUCUAAAGACAUUUCCGAUAUCACUUCUAAUGUGACUGGACAUUUUCUCAAUACUACUAAUCAAAAUCAACCUAUUGGAUUGAAAAAAAAUAAACAAGUAGUAGUAGUAUCCAAGUAUCAUUCAACAGUUCAGUUAAGACGUGAUAUAUGUGAAUAUUGUGGGAAAAUAUUUCGAAAUUGCAGCAACUUAACUGUACAUAGACGUAUACAUACCGGUGAAAAACCAUAUCAUUGUACUAUAUGCACAUAUUCAUGCGCUCAAUCAUCAAAAUUGACAAGACAUAUGAAAAUACACAGUAAACAACAACAAAAUUACCAAUUGCCUACAACCGGUUCUGUGCAUUCAGUGAAAUUUCAAAAUAAAACAAGAAAUCAUUGUAAACAGUCUAAUAAAGGCUUAACAUCGCAUAAAUAUGAACAUCAUCUGGAAGCAUGUAAAUAG